CAAAUGAAUUCUCUCCUCAAUCAAAAACUCCACACCAGAAUCUCGCCCUUCACUCUCAAAUUCGUAUCCUCGCUUGCCGUUGUGGAAAAUCCAUCUUCUUUUCCCAGUGAAAAAGACCAAAGUCCCAGUCAUUUUGACCCCUUGCAGUUCUUCAAUGAUUAUACAAAAUCAAGACAGUGUUCUACUAGAAACACUAAAAUCUUGCACACCCAUUUGCUUAGAACUGAUUUACUGCAAUCCAAUAUCUUCAUUGCGAAUUCUUUGCUUGAUUCGUACUGUAAGUCUUCUGCCAUGGUAGAUGCACUGAAGUUGUUUGAUUUUAUUGCUGACCGAACUGUUAUUUCAUGGAAUAUGAUGAUAUCGGGUUAUAACCAGAACUCCUUAUUUGAGAAGUCGUGGGAAAUUUUUUGUAGGAUGCACUCUUCGGGUUUUGAGCCCAGUGAGUUUACCUAUGGGAGUACUCUUUCAGCUUGCACUGCCUUGCAAGCUCCCACUUUUGGUAAGCAGGUUUAUUCACUUGCAAUGAAAAGUGGGUUCUUUCCAAAUGGUUAUGUUCAGGCUGGAAUGAUAGACUUGUUUGCAAAAAAUUUCAGCUUUGACGAUGCUUUGAGGGUUUUUCAUGAUGUUUCAUGUCAGAAUGUUGUGAGUUGGAAUACGAUUAUCUCUGGAGCAGUGAGAAAUGGAGAGAACAUGGCUGCUUUGUAUCUUUUUCGGCAAAUGUGUCGUGGAGUUUUUUUGCCAAAUAGUUUUACAUUUUCUAGUGUUUUAACCGCUUGCGCUGCACUUGAAGAAGUUGGAGUUGGGAAGGAAGUUCAAGGGUGGGUGAUUAAACGUGGUGCAGAAGAUGUCUUUGUUGGGACUACUAUUGUGGAUUUAUAUGCCAAAUGUGGAAAAAUGAAUGAAGCUGUCAAGAAAUUCUCACGUAUGCCAACCCGUAAUGUGGUUUCUUGGACUGCCAUCAUUUCAGGUUUUGUGCAUAAGGACGAUUCUGUUUCUGCACUAAAAGUUUUCAGAGAAAUGAGAAAAAUGGGAGAACAAAUGAAUAAGUACACUAUUACUAGUAUACUUAAUGCAUGUGCUAAAACAUCCAUGGCUGAAGAGGCAACCCAAAUUCAUUCUUUGAUAUUAAAAGCUGGAUUCUAUUCAGCUGCAGUUGUGGGGUCAGCUUUAAUUAACGCGUACUCAAAAAUAGGAGCAGUUGAUCUAUCGGAGAUGGUGUUCAGAGAGAUGGAAAAUAUAAAGGAUCUGGGUACAUGGGCUGCGAUGAUAUCUUCUCUUGCUCAGAAUCAAAAUUCUGGAAGGGCAAUUGAAUUGUUCCAGAGAAUGUUACAGGAAAGUGUGAGACCAGAUAUGUUUUGUACUUCCAGUGUCUUGAGUAUUGUAGACUGUUUAAAUCUAGGGAGACAGAUACACAGCUACACUCUUAAAAUUGGGCUGGUCUCUGAUGUUUCUGUUGGUAGUUCUCUUUUCACAAUGUACUCGAAGUGUGAUAGUCUAGAGGAAUCUUACGAAGUUUUUCAGCAAAUUCCCAACAAAGACAAUGUUUCAUGGGCCUCAAUGAUUUCUGGUUUUGUACAACAUGGCUGUGCAGAUCAAGCCCUUCAACUAUAUAGAGAGAUGCUAUCAGAAGAAGUUAUACCUGAUCAAAUGACUUUAACUGCAAUUCUAAUGGCAUGUUCUACGGGUAAGGAAAUUCAUGGUCAUGCUCUUCGCAAAGGAGUCCAACAGGAUGUACUUGGUGGUGCAAUUGUGACCAUGUACUCAAAAUGCAGUGCUCUAAAAUUGGCAAGGACGGUGUUUGACAUGCUUCCCCAAAAGGAUGAGGUUGCAUGCUCUUCCUUGGUUUCAGGGUAUGCCCAAAAUGGGCACAUCGAAAAGGCAUUGUUGCUAUUCCAUGAUAUGCUGAUGGCGGAUUUGACUAUUGACUCCUUCACAAUUUCAUCUAUUAUUGGGGCCAUUGCACUUUUAAAUAGACUUAGUAUUGGGACUCAACUGCAUGCCCACAUAAUGAAAGUUGGCUUCAGUUCAGAUGUUUCUGUUGGCAGUUCACUACUGACAAUGUACUCAAAAUGUGGAAGCAUUGAAGAUUGCUGCAAAGCAUUUGAUCAAAUUGAGAAACCAGAUUUAAUUUGUUGGACAGCUAUGAUUGUUAGCUAUGCUCAACAUGGGAAAGGCGCACAGGCUUUAAGAGCGUAUGAGCUUUUGAGGGAUCAAGGAAUCAGACCUGAUUCAGUGACUUUUGUUGGACUUUUAUCUGCUUGUAGCCAUAACGGAUUGGUUGAAGAAGCUUAUUUCUAUUUUAAUUCAAUGGUUAACGACUAUGGACUAGAGCCUGGUUAUCGCCACUAUGCCUGCAUGGUUGAUCUCCUUGGUCGAUCAGGGAGACUGAAAGAGGCUGCAUGGUUCAUUGAGAAUAUGCCUAUUGAACCGGAUGCUUUACUAUGGGGAACACUGCUUGCGGCUUGUAAAGUUCAUGGAGAUAUGGAGCUUGGAAAGCUCGCAGCUGAAAAGGUUAUGGAGUUGAAGCCAUGUGAUGCCGGGACAUAUGUCUCCCUUUCAAACAUUUGCGCAGAUGUAGGCCAGUGGGAGGAAGUCCUGAAGAUUAGAAGCCAGAUGAAAGGAACUGAUGUGAGGAAGGAACCUGGUUGGAGCUUAGUGUAAACUAUAAUUAUACUUUGAUUGGUUAGUCUCACUGGUGAUUGAUUAUGAUCUUUAUCGCAAAUUAAAGAAAAAUCAACUAACAAUAGAAGGGUGAGCAGAUCGACACAAAGGACUGCAAGCAAAUAAGAAUGCUUCACUGUAUACUAGAUACUAGCGUGUCUCGCGAAAUACAAUCCCACUUUGGAAUGAAACACGGGGAACUUAUUCUUACUGAGCAUAUUGAAGAGACAUACCAAUGCCUGCUGCUUAAGUUUGGUAUUAAGCAGAUCAGAGGGCAAGCUACUCAGAAAAGCCAAACUAGUGGGAACAUACCAAGCAUUCCAAAACAGGGGGAUGAAAAACCAGGUGCGUGCGGUUUAAAAUGAAUAAAAGGAAGAAUCACAAAACCAUCUUGAUGAAACUUAGCAUGCCUUGUAAGCCUUCUAAAUGGGGAUUUUCAUGUUCGAUGCUUGAAUCAAAGGUUAUAAGCCAUCCAUGGGAUAUUGACCUAGUUUAGUACACACUGCGUUGGGUGCAGUUCUUGUUGCUGGCGAAUCAAUGAAGAAUCGGACUGCAGGACAAGAGAACUGAGGCAUUACAAUGCAGAGAUUGGUCCAUGGGUUCCAAUUCUCUUUUUGUGCUCAAUUUAAGGGAGACAUUAUU